AUGCUUGAUUUGUCUCUCUUCACCAACCUGGCUGUAAGCUCUUACUAUGUAGUGGAUCCUCGGAUAAGAGGUGGUUUCAUCGGCCUUAACGGCCCGUCGCUGGACACUGUGAGAACCCAUGCUGAAUUGGGACGGCAGAUCAGCUGCAACAGUAUCCUUGUUGCGCAAGCCUCACAACAAGGCUUACCUGUUUCUGGUGAUAAUCAAUUUCUGGGCCUUUUAUCACACAUCUACGGACCUUUUGCCUGCCGACAUCCGCGGUUUCUUCAUACAGUCUCCCAUCGCCUAGCCCUCGUGCUAAUACCUUAG